GUCUGAUUCUGAACUGAUUCUGAGAUUCAGUUCUUCUUCUUCUUCUUUUCGUUCAUUCUUUGUCUGUGCCUUCCUUCCCUUUGUCACAAAAUGGCGUCUACUGUCAUGGCUGCUGACUCUGCGUCCCAAGCACAGGCUGCUCCGUCCGAGUCGCUGUGGUCGUCCAUUCUGCAGAGCGUGCAGACCUCGUCCGCAGCAGCCUCUCGCAACGGCGCUCUCGACGCCAGCUCAGUGCUCGUCCUCGGUCCCAAGGACGCAGGCAAGUCCACUCUGCUCGCCAGGAUGCGGUUUGACGCAGGCGCGACUACGACGACCACAAAUGCUGCUCAGCUCGUCCGCGAUGGGCUUGGCUUGGAGUACGCGUACGCCGAGGUCAAGGACGAAGACAACGAAGACUUUUCAGCGCAGAUUGGCGUCUGGUCACUCGAUGGCGAUCUCCUGCAACCAAGCACGCUGGCGUCGGCACUCAACGAGAACAAUUUCGCCGGAAUGCUCGCAGUGCUCGCGGUCGAUCUGUCGCAGCCUUGGAGCAUUCUAGAAUCGCUGAAACAAUACACACGCGCCUUAGAGGAGCAUAUUGAGACACUCGUUGGCAUCGAAGACCAAUUGCCAGAGCUGAAAGCAAAGUUGGUCCGUGCAUUCCAAACGUACUCGGAAGGCAAGGCGGUUGCGGAUGGCUCCGAGGCAGUCCUUGCGCCACUGGAGCAUGACGUGCUAUCGCGCAACCUGGGCCUCCCAAUUGUUGUCGUCGCUUGCAAGUCGGAUCUCUUGUCAACACUCGAGCGUGAUUACAACUACAAGGACGAGCAUUAUGACUUUAUUCAGCACCACUUGCGAAAGUUCUGCCUGCGAUAUGGCGCGGCGCUCGUCUACACAUCGGCGAAGGAAUCCAAGAACGUCGAUCUGCUCCGCAAGUACAUUUGCCAUCGUCAGUUUGGCAUGGCUUUCAACCAGUCGGGCUCGAUCGCCGAGAAGGACGCAGUGUUUGUUCCGAUGGGUUGGGACAGCGACGCCAAGAUUAACAUUCUCCUGGACGGUGUUGUUUCGAUCAACGCCAGCGAAAUUUACGAGAGUGUGAUUAAAAAACCACACGCCCGCAAAGCUUUGCAAACUGGAGACGAGGCUGUUGCCAAGGAUGAUCAGGCCUUCCUGCAAGAGCACGCCCCAAAGCUGCUCAAGCUUCGCGAAAAGUUCACUGGCUCGACCAGUUCAACUGUCACGUCCGUUUCCGGAGAAUCAAAGCCAUCCAUCCCAUCAGUCGAUGCUGGUGCUACCGCGGGAUCCACUGCAUCCCCUGGAAAGAGCGCUGCCGGUCGCUCAACACCCGCCGACGGUGCUUCUAACGAAGUCAUCAAGAGCUUCUUUAGCUCAUUGCUCAACCAACCCAAGAAGGCUACUGCGAAAGCAUCCAGCGCCGACGCACCAGAUGCCGCUGCUGUCCCGCGCAAGGAUGUUGAUGCUGCUCUGGAUCAAAUUCGGAACAAGCAACCUUAAAUUGUGUAGUCGAGAACAUGGAGAAGGAGUUUUCCUUUUCUUCUUACUUUUGUUGGCAUCCUGCUGAGCCAGGCCUGUGUUGAUUUUUUUUCUUCUUGCAUUCAUUGUUUCUUGCAUUUGUUUGUAUCUGUUGAGUGUUGAACGUGCUGUGAGAAGUACAGUGAAGCGAUCUUGACCGCUUUUUUUUGCUUCCCCUGUUUUGC